GGCGGCGGCCGCCGGCUGGACGUAGGGAGCGGCGGCGGCGCCGACGGCAGAGGGAAGGGCGGACGGGGGCGGGCCUCCCUGGUGGCGCGGAGCCUGAGGAGUCCGGGAGGGGGUGGCCGGCACAGCUCUUGGGCCGGACACCUGAACUUGGGACAAGUUGCCGGAGCCGCGGGGCGCGGGCGGCGGACGGAUUGACCUUCAUAGUUAGGACCCCUCUAAUUACUGAGUUGCAAGUAGAAUGUCAUGGGGCAAGCAGGAGGGAGUCUGACGUUAGGAGGCGCCUUCAGGAAGCCAGGGAGCCAGCAGCCAGCAUGGCGUCACGCAUCGGGCUCCGCAUGCAGCUCAUGCGGGAGCAGGCGCAGCAGGAGGAGCAGCGGGAGCGCAUGCAGCAGCAGGCCGUCAUGCAUUACAUGCAGCAGCAGCAGCAGCAGCAGCAGCUGGGCGCGCCGCCCACCCCCGCCAUCAACACCCCCGUCCACUUCCAGUCUCCGCCGCCUGUGCCCGGGGAGGUGCUGAAGGUGCAGUCCUACCUGGAGAACCCCACCUCCUACCACCUGCAGCAGUCCCGGGACCAGAAGGUGCGGGAGUACCUGUCUGAGACCUACGGGAACAAGUUUGCUGCCCACAUCAGCCCUGCUCAGGGCUCCCCAAAGCCCCUGCCAGCCGCCUCCCCGGGCCUGCGGGCCGGACACGUGUUGUCGUCCUCAGCCGGCAACAGUGCUCCCAACAGCCCCAUGGCCAUGCUGCACAUCGGCUCCAACCCUGAGCGGGAGUUUGAUGUCAUCGACAACAUUAUGUGUCUGGACGAUGUCCUGGGCUUCAUCAAUCCAGAAACUCAGAUUCCCAACACGCUGCCCCUGUCCAGCAGUCACCUAAAUGUGUACAGUGGAGACCCCCAGGUCACCACCUCCCUGGUGGGCGUCACCAGCAGCUCCUGCCCAGCCGACCUGACCCAGAAGCGAGAGCUUACAGAUGCUGAGAGCCGGGCCCUGGCCAAGGAGCGACAGAAGAAAGACAAUCACAACCUCAUUGAAAGGAGGCGGAGGUUCAACAUCAACGACCGCAUCAAGGAGCUGGGAAUGCUGAUCCCCAAGGCCAACGACUUGGAUGUGCGCUGGAACAAGGGCACCAUCCUCAAGGCCUCUGUUGAUUACAUCCGGAGGAUGCAGAAGGACCUGCAGAAGUCCCGGGAGCUGGAGAACCACUCUCGGCGCCUGGAGAUGACCAACAAGCAGCUCUGGCUCCGCAUCCAGGAGCUGGAGAUGCAGGCUCGGGUGCACGGCCUCCCCACCACCUCGCCCUCGGGCAUGAACAUGGCCGAGCUGGCCCAGCAGGUGGUGAAGCAGGAGCUACCCAGCGAGGAGGGUCCGAGGGAGGCCCUGCUGUUGGGGGCCGAGGUCCCCGACCCUGAGCCACUGCCGGCUCUGCCCCCCCAGGCCCAGCUGCCCCCGCCAGCCCAGCCAGCCCAGCCACCGUCCCCAUUCCACCACCUGGACUUCAGCCACAGCCUGAGCUUUGGGGGCGGGGGCAACGAAGGGCCCCCAGGCUACCCCGAACCUCUGGGGCCAGAGCAUGGCUCCCCGUUCCCCAACCUGUCCAAGAAGGAUCUGGACCUCAUGCUCCUGGACGACUCACUGCUACCACUGGCCUCCGACCCCCUCUUCUCCACCAUGUCCCCCGAGGCCUCCAAAGCCAGCAGCCGCAGGAGCAGCUUCAGCAUGGAGGAGGGCGACGUGCUGUGACCUGGGCCACGGGGGUGGGCCUGGGGGGUGGGAGAGCCAGGGCCACCUCCCUCCCACCCUCCAGCCUGUACUUGUGUGUGAAGUAGCCCCUGCCCUGCCUCACUCCGCCCUGUCGGCCCCCUGUUUGGGCUUAGUGCCCUUGGCAGUCCGUGGGGUCGGAAGCCCCCCACCCAGGGGCAGCCCUCUUGAUGGGGCUGGGCAGGAAUAGGCCUUCAGCCCGGCUCCCGGAGGUGAAAUCAUGAGGGCGAGGGAGGAUACAGGGUGUGCUGGAGGUAAGACGAGGUCCUACCUUCUGAGCCUGGUCCCCCCACCGAUGAAGGAGGACUCGUUGGAACCAGGGGUCCAGAAGUUCCUUCUUGGAGGCAGUGACUGGUCCAGGGGGUGCCCAGGCCUGCCUUUCUGGACUCUGAUGGCAACAAGCCCGUCCUCCAGCCUGGCACUCCCCCCACCCCCCUUUGGUGCUAACAGCUCUCCAUCAAGUGGUGUGAGGGCGGGGGUGGCCAGAAGAGGAGGCGCUGGGUUCAAGUUAGAGUGGGGUCACUGCUGGAAGAGCAGCUCCCCUCCAGGCUCCCCACUUUGUGCCUUUAGUAAACACUGUGCUUUGUA